UUUCGUUUAUUUACAUUCAAAAUUAAUUAAUUACAGAGCUGUAUUCAAAACUAAUAAAUAGUAAUAAUAAUAUCAUCACUGCAUAUGCUAUUGUGAAUGGUAGUUUAACCCUAUCCCUUUUCAGUGAAAUGAGUAUUUAAUUGAAAAAGUGAAAGAAGAAAUAUGCGGGUAAAGCAGAUAGUUGCACUUUUGGCACUAGGAUGCCUGGUGCUAUGUGGUAUGACCUCGGUAUUAGCUCAUGACGAAGAUAGUGACUUCGCUGAAUUUGAUGACUUCGACACCGACGAUGAAUAUGUGGAAUCUUCGUCCACGACACCACCACAAGCUGUAGAUGACAAAUCUGCACAGCAAGCACAAAUACCCGAGAAACCGAAAAUUGUAGAGCCAGUAGCUAGCAAGUCAGAUGACUUUAAAACAGACGAUGACGACGGAAUCGUUGAAGAUGAUGACAACGAAUUCGAACAUUUUCAAGACGAAGAAGAAUUUGAAGGUUUUGACGCAGGUGAAAGCAAAGAUAUACCAGUAGAUCCGAAGACCGCUGAGCCGAAACUAACAGUAGCUAAGAUUCCAAUGCAUUUCCGCACUCAUUGGGACUCGUAUUGGAUGGAAAUGCUCAUGUUGGCUGGUUUGCUAGCCUACUUCGCCAAUUUCUUUGCUGGCAAAACGAAGAAUGCGCGAUUAGCACAGUUGUGGUAUAGCACACACAAGGGUCUUUUGGAUGACAACUUUGUGCUAGUCGGUGAUGAUGGCAAGCAAGAAAACGAAAAUCCUGGUUUGAUGAAGGAGAGUGAGAGUUUAUACACAUUGUGGUGCUCAGGUCGCACUUGCUGUGAGGGUAUGCUUGUUGAGUUGAAGAUGAUUAAACGCCAAGACUUGGUGGCGUUAAUCUCGGGCCUAAUACGCCCCCAACAAGAUCAAGUACAUAUAAAAGUGGAAAUGACCCGUGGUGUAAUGGAUGCAUUUGUAUUUUGUGUGGGUCUCAGGAAGACUAUAACCAAAGUUUUCAAAGAGUACGCUGAUUUGAACAAAUAUUGCAGUCUAGUCAGUAAGCCAGAUGAUCGCUACAAAGUACCUGCAGGAUUUAGUGUGCUCUCCGAAAUACCUGAAGCCACGUCAGCAAUAUUGGAGGCCCGCGUCAUUACUGCACUCAAUAAAUACCAGCGCUACAUCGACUACAUACAUAUUUCUGAUCAAUUUAGUGGUCCCAUUCAACAAGAAGAUGCCAAUAAUUUGAAACAACCAGAAACGAAGUGUAUGCUCAUGGCAGGUUUCAACUUGCCCAAAGGUGUGGAUAUGGAGUCAAUCAAGCCUUUGCUCAUUCUUAUUUUCUAUUUGAUGGAACGCUUAAAAGCGUAUCGCAUGUCUAAAGAAGGCAAAAACAAGGCAGAGAAGAAUCGCUUACGUGUGGAGGAAGAGUUUUUGAAGAGUACACACGCAGCACGCGCAGAGGCUGCCGCUCAGCGUCGUGAAGACAAGCGCAAACAGGAGAAAGAACGCGUGCUUGCCGAGGACGACCCCGAGAAACAGCGCCGCUGGGAACUCAAAGAGCAGAAGCGUCAAGCAAAGAAGAAGGCUCCCAAAAUGAAGCGUUUGGCAGUGAAAUCUUUAUAAGAUUAAUUAGCUACUAAUAGUCCAAUUGCGUUGGCCACAUUUCAACUGACAGUAUUUGUUGUAAAUUUGAAUUCGGCUUUCGUUGUAUCCUGGAGUUGUUCUCCCAUUAAUCAAUAAGAUAUAGCAAUAAACAUGUAAUUGAGCAUGUCUACAAAGCUAUAGCUAUACCAACAACGUGCUUUCAUUUACGCAUAAUUAAGUUAAAUUAACUGAUCAGCAUUUAACAGGAAAACAAUUUUCAUUGGAGACAUAAGCGAUGUGAUUGCGUAACGUCUUGAUUUGCUUCUGUGCCGCAUCGAAGCUGUAGGAAAGUGUGUUGAGUUGGCCUUGCAUCUCGCGUAUAACGGCCUCACGAUCACUCACAGAGAGACAAGCAGUGGCACGGCAUUGCGCCAGUUCCUUCUCCAGGCGGUCUAUUUGUUCCUGCAUUUGACACUUCAUUGCCUCGGCACGUUCCUUGGUGCGCGCAAUGAUUUUGGCCGAUUCGGAACGUAAUGUGUCCAGGUCAUCUUGUGUGGUCUUGAGUUUCUCACAGAAGAGAUCUCGCUGUCUUUCCAUUUCCUCGAGACGUGAUUUGCACUGCUCCAAUUCCAAUUGGCAUUUCAUCAAUUGCGGUCGACAAUCCGCUUCGUCCUUCGGCGACUCGGUCUGCGCCUUCAGCGCUUUCAAUUCUUUGCAAAUAAGCAUCAAUUUCCCUUGUAAAUCCUCCUUCUCUUUGCAGACUUGCGCCAACUUCAGCUGUUCGUUCUCCAAUAGUUUGGGGAAAUGUAGCAAUUCGUUGAGCUUCUCCUGAAAUUUGGCACGUAUUUCCUUUACUUCCGUAUUUAUUUGUUUCUCUAUUCUUUUGUUGUUCAUGUUCAGUUUGUCUAGAGUCACACUUUGUUCUUCAACCUUUUGCUGUGCCACCAAGUACUUAUUGCGAUAAUCUUCCAGUUGCUGCGAUUGUUCCUUCAUAAGACACUUGAAUUCCGUCUGUUCUUCCUUCAAGUCCGACACUCGCUGCCUGAGUACGAUUAACUCGGAAUGGUCGAUGUUUUGACCUUCGCCUUGACCGUUGUUGUUAUUGCAGCUACCGCAAAAUCCUUUCAGGCUAUAAGAGACGUUAUUAAACAAUAAAAUAAACGCUAGAAAUGUACUUGAACUUACCGUUUCUCCAUUUCUUUGAGUUGGCAAUCCUUUUUCGAAAACUCCGCCAAUAAAUGCAAAUAGUUUUCUCUCAACUUGGCCAUUUCAUCGGCUUUCGCGGUUCGUUUGCUUAAGCAAAAUUGUAUGGGAUCGGGUUCCUCCGAACAGACGUCUUCCUUCUCUUCACACACUUCCGGUUCACACACUUGCUGCUUCUCGCGCUCCCGUCGAUAGAUUUCCUGCUUCAACUGGGAUACCGACGACUGCAUACAUGUAAUUUUCUGUUUGAGUCGCUCCAAAGAGUCCGCACAAGGCAUGGAAUCUGACGAACAGGGUUGCGCGGAUUUUUUGCUCUUCUUCGGCUUUGCGAAAGGUGGGCAUGGACCUGGACAUGGUGGUAGCGCAGGUGGGCAUGGUUGUGGACAAGGUGGUGCGCCCUUCUUCUUCUUAUGUCCCAUUAGCACACCGGCGAUUUCUUGUAUGAGCUUUUUGUCUUCCGGACAACAGAUUUUCAUCUUUCCUAGCGCUUUGCAUAAACAACGCAAAGCCUUCUCGUCUUUGCACUCCCUUGGUUCGGCUGAGGCACAUCUAUCAGUUUCACUGCUCUCGCCACCUUUCCAAUUCGCCGGUGGCGGUUGAGUACCCGCAUACGGCGUCAUGUUAUCCUCGUCUAUGGUAGUGGCAAGCGGUAUCUCAUGAUAACGGCGUCUCGAACCGAAGUUCUGCAAUUGCAUAGCUUUUGUCAUCAAGCAACGCAGCUUCAUUAUCUCCUGCUCCAUGCAUACGCGCAGCCUCUUGAUAUCCUUCAUUUCGCACUUUGUCUUACAAGGCUUGGCGCAAAGCUCCACAAUUUGCGCUUUAAUAUCAUCGACCAUUUGAUUUUGGCACUCGAUUUCCUUGAUUAGGCUUAAGUAUUCCAUGUAACGACGUUUUUGCUCUGGGUCAUCCGAUGACUCACCGAGAUGUGAGAAUAUAUCUUCGGCCGCGUCUUCGACCUCCUCACCAAUGUGGGUGGUUUCACUCUGAGAGUACAUGCCAUCUUCGGUGCCAUAAAUAAACUCGUACUCUCCUUCGUCUAAAUUUUCCGAAGCAUAAUUUCUGUCGGCAUCUUGUUCACUGGUCAUUUUUAUUUAGAAUUUGACAACU